AUGGAAGGCCAUCUGAAUAUAUUCCACAUAAAAAUAAUUUAAAUAUAUUUAAUUGCCAUAUUUUAGCCAUUGUAGUAGUCAUUUUAAUUAAAGUUACUGGAUUUCCUGUAUUUACAGCAAUAAUCUGAUUCUGAGAGACUUGUGAUUGGAUAUGAUGAGGAAUAAAUAAAAUGA